GGUUGUCUGGGAGCGGGAAAGGAGAGGCCCGGCAACAUCACCGUGGCUGGUUUGCCUCGCGCGGUAAGCAGUGCCCCAGGCGCGGGUAUCUUUAGAAGGCAGAGCUGCGGGCUGCACCGAGCCGGGACUCACCGCACCCCAGGGCUCCUGCAACCAGACCCUGCGAGGAGAGCGCGGCCACGCACGCUAGACACGUUAUCUCCUCCUCCACCCCCUCCGCUCUCCACCUCGGCUCGGGGACAGAUGGUGGCUGCGGUGGCAGGGUGUAGGUGCGUGUGACUGGGUGAAUGCGUGUCUUCGUGUGUGGGGUGGGAACGGAGGCGGUGAAGGGAGGAGGAGACGAUUGUGCCUGCGGUUCUUCCCUUCGCCUUCCUGCUAAGGGAAGAAAGUGCAGAAGGAAUCCAGAUGGGAAAUAAGAGAAAGGAAAAUAACAGUGGUGGGAGCACUGCCUUCACCCUAUCGCCUGGGAACUCGGCUGAGCAACUACAAAGCCAUUACCAUCCCUUCACCUUCAGUGGAGUGGCUGCUUCUGCCUGAUAACUGGAAGGGCACUUUGUAAACGCUGGCAAGGCACACACCUACACGCACGCCUACACACGCUGGGGAAAAUAGCCACCUUCUGGGGGAGGGAGGGUGGGAGGCCCAGGCAAAGCUCGGCCACGGAUCGCUGCCGGCAGGGCAGCCGAAGGCCUCCAGGAACACCAGGCUUCUUGGGCAAACAGCAGCCCGAGAGCCCACAAUUUUUCUGGGAAGCAAAUGGAUGGAUGGAUGCAUGGAUGGUGCGUGUGGAAUACUCGUGUAGUGUCUAAUUUCAAAUGGAUUCGAGUCAACGCUUUUAAUUCAACUAUCCUUUUUGAGAGGCACAGCGUUUUAAACCCUGUAGUGCACUCAGCUCUCCACCUGAAGCAGCCUGCUAAGGGUUGUUAUCACCCUCGGACCCCUCAGAAGGGGCAUUCUCCAUCCGUGAGCGCCGAAGGGGAGCAGGACCCCCUUGAGCGGUCUCUCCAGGGCCCCUGCCUCUCCUCCUGCCCUUUUCCAGCGCCAACUUGAGCCUGGACCCGCGACCCGCGCAGUGACGUGCGGCCAGAACAAGGGUUCGUAUUGACAAGCCACCCUUCGCAAAGGACCUGAAAUUCGUCUAUACAACUCAGUAGGAGACUCCUCGGAGUCCUUCUGAUUUAUUUCACACAAGUCAUGGAAAGCACAACCAGACCCGCUCUUACAACUUUUCUGCUCUUGGGCGGGGGAGCGAGGAUGUUUCGCACUGCAAGAUUGUCCCUGACCACGAGUUACGCUUGCACCCGGAGGGAGUGCUGAGCCAAGCUCGGAGCCCCUGAGGUUAGGCGAGAGGUAGGUUCCAGGGUUUUUUCUGUAACCGACGCAGCGAGUUCGGGGUGGGGAGGCAGGAGAAAGCCCGACUGACUAGUCAGAUCCGCCUCCACCUCACCCACCUCCAGAACUCCCAGGGCCAGGUUCGGAUUUGCAAAGCGCGCAGCCCGGGCCCACUUUGGCAGAACCGCACCCGGGAGCGGACCGCCAUGCGGCUCCCCAGCCUCUUCCCGUUUCAAUCAGAUGACGCCCGCACGCUCGCCUCCCGGCCCGGGCCCCCAUGGAAGGGGCCCCCAUGGAAGCCCCGCCCGUCGCCCGUGGCUGGCAUCACUGGCAUUGCCCAGGGAGGUUCGCUCAGUGACCCCGUUGGCCGAGUGAGCCGAGGAGCCUCUGGUUCCCCGGAGCGCCGUUCCCUCCCGCCUGCCCCAGUCCCCGUCUUUCCUCGAUCACACCUCGGUCCCCCCGCACCCUCUUCCCCCGCUCAGCCCCACGCACUCCGCUCUGACUUUGCCAGCACUUUUCCGAGGCACCUAGGGCGCGCCGCCGCCUCCGUACCGCCCGCGGCGCUCGCCACCCCUGGCGCGCCCCGGGGACCGCCUCCAGCGCCCUGCGCGGCAUUUCCCAAGGGACUUCAGCCCGUCCCGCACCUUGCAGCCCGGGCCCCGCCGCCUCACCUUUGCAGAACUGGGGGACACUGA